AUGGAUGAUUUUGAAAACGAACAAAUACUUACUAAGAAAAGUGUACAACUUCAUAAUGAUAUCGAUUCCUUACUUUCAAAGUUGGAAAGUUUAGUUAAAGCGGUUGAGAUCACUUAUGAAGAUAGACAACGACUUAUUCAAAUCACCACCACGAAAAUCAAUUUAAUUAUAAAUGAAUUUGAAACCAACCCCAAACUUUUAGAUUCUUAUUUGAAAGAUUAUAUUAAUCGAUUAUGUGAUUUAUUUUUAAAUCAAUUGUCAAUUAGAUCUCAAUGUGGUGAAAUCAUUUAUAAUUUGGCUAAAAUUCGACAAAUGAAAAAUAUAAUUUUAUAUUUCCCUAGUGAUUUAUAUUUAAUCAAUAAAAUAAUUUCAAUAGCUGAUAAAUCAACUAAUGAGUUUACUACAUUUUAUGGAUUAUUAUGGAUUUGUAAUUUGAGUUUAUUACCAUUCUCAUUGAAUUCUAUUGAUAUAAAUUUAUCAACAACAAUUUAUAAAUUAGGUAUUGAAAAUUUACAUAAAUAUUAUAAUGGAAGUAAAAAUCAAAUAGUUUCACUGAUUUUAUUAUCGAAAUUAUUAACUAGAAAUGAUUGUACUCAAUUACUUGUGGAAUUUUUCCAAAUCAUGGAUAUUAAUAAUUGGGUUGUUUUAGAUGCAAAAUCUAAAUUGAGUUAUUAUUUAACGGUUAAUAAAUUAUUGAAAAGUCAAAAUAUUAUUGAUGAAAAUGAAUUAUUGAAAAUAAAUCAAUGUAUAAAUAAUGAUUUAUUACAAGUAAAGCAUGUCAAUCCUUCAAAUUUAAAUGUAUUAUAUCUGGUUAAAAUUCUUAGUAAAUUGGCAUUAAAUUAUAUUUCCCGCAAAGAUUUUUUGCAAGUACAAUCAAUCAUUAACAAUUUAAUAAAUGAUAUAUUAUUAGAAACAGGAAAUUUCGAUUAUAAUUUGCGUUAUUGUAUGGCAAAGGCAUUGAGUAAUAUUGUUAAUAAAUUAUCCAAUUAUGCCAUCAAUUAUGAAGAACAAUUGAUAGAAUUUAUAUUUUCCAAUUUAGAUAUUACCGAUAAUAUGAGUAUUUCGAAAAAUCAUACUAUUUUAUUAACAUUAGGAUAUUUAUGUUUGAAUAAAACCAUGCCAAACAAGUAUAUUAGGAAAUUAUUAGAUAUUGUACACACGACAAUGUUUAUAAAGAUAAAAACUACUCAUAGUCAAAGGGCCGAUUUAGGAAAUUGUAUUCGUGAUUCUUCAUGUUUUAUAACUUGGGCUAUAAUUAAAAACCAAAAAUAUCAAAAUGAAUUAAUAACCAUGGAUCAAUUAUCAAUAAUUUUCGUUGAUUUAAUCAAAUUACUUAUAUUUGAUCAAGAAUUACUUUUGAAAAAAUGUGGUAUUGCUGUAUUACAAGAAUUGAUUGGUCGAUAUGGACAAAAAAUUUUCCAAAAUUAUUAUGAGGAUCAAGAAUUAUUGGGUGAAUUUAUAAUCAAUUUUAUGGAAAGUUUUAGUGAUGUUAGACUUCGACAGAAAUGUAUAACUUUUGAGAUGAUUGAUUUGCUUUAUGAUAAAAUUGAUUUGAAAUUUUUAUUAUCGAGUUUAUUAGAUGAAAUAUAUAAUAAUGACGAUCUCAAUGACGAUCUCAAUGAUGAUCUCAAUGAUGAUCUCAAUGAUGUUGAUAUACUUGGUUUAUAUUUACACAAGUUAUUAGUUCAACAAGAUAGUCUAUUAUCUGUUGUUGAAUAUACCUACAAUUUAGAUGAAAUAAAAUUGAAUUUGAUUGAUAAAAAUCGUUGGAAAUAUUUAUAUAAUUUACCUGUGGUUCCAAUUCAAGAAUUAUCAAAAAAAUUUUCUAAUUUUGAAUAUUAUGAUAAUUCACAAUUAUUGAGUGGAUAUUUAACUUUUCUUUUAAACAAAAUUGAAUUAACAAAUUUAGAUUGGGAAAAUUUAUUUCAAAUUAUUAAAUUAAAUGAUGGCAAAUUUGACAAUUAUAUUGGAAGAAUUAUACAGUUGCAAAAUGAUGUACCCAAGGAUUCAUUGUUACAUUUAUUGAUUAAAAAUAAUGUUACUUUAUCCACUACUAUAUUUAAUUUUCAUAAUUGGACAAUUCAAGAUGUUGAAUAUAUUGUCAAUAUGAUAAAGAACCCAAAUAUGGAUAUUGAAAUUAGACGAAAUUUGAUAUAUAACAUUAAUGAUAACUAUACAACUUACCCAAUAAUUGACCAAAUGUACCUGUUGUUUGAUGAUUAUACGUUAACCGUUCAAGGUGAUAUAGGAGGUAAACUACGAUUAGCAAUGAUUGAAUUAGUACAAACUCAUAAUUUAAUGAAUGAAACAAUAAAAUUAAAAUUGAUUCGAUUAUCAGGUGAAAUUAUUGAUAAGAUUAGAUUUUCUGCAUUUCAAUUAUUAGUUGGGGAAGAAACUAUUAAUGGGAAUAAAUAUUGGCAAGAUUGGUUUGAUUAUUACAAGUCUUUAAAUAAUGAUUUGGAAAAGAUUGAAUUUUGGAAAGGUAGUCUUCAUACCAUUGGAAGUUUUAAAGGUGAUCCUAAAAUUAUUAAUAAUGCUUUAACUUAUUUAUUAAUUUAUGAACCACAAAGAGAAGAUUUCAAUAUAUGGUUGAAAUUAUUAGAUAAAUCACCUGAUAAUAAGGAAACAUCAAGAGAAUUGAAAUUGAAAUUAAUGAUUUUACAAACUUUUUUAAAAUUAUUUCAAGCUAAUUAUAAUUUCAAUAAUUAUAUUGAUUUUAAUGAAUUAUAUGAAAAAUGUUAUAAAUUAUAUCUGAAUGGUGGUAAUAUUAAUCGAAUUAGUAUAAUUCUUCGAUUAUUUUAUUAUAUUGCCAAGAAAUCAUUUAAUAAUCCUAAUUUAUUAAUGAAAAUCCAUCAACAAUUUACGAGAUUUUUAAAAGCCAAAUAUUUAUGUAAAUUAAGAUUUGAUGAAAUAUUUUUACAAAUUAUAUUAGAUAAAAAUGGAGAUUUACAACGAUAUGAACAAAUAGAAUGGGGGGAUUUAAGUACUAAUGAUAUAAUAUUUAUCCGAGAAUUCUUAUAA